CACGACAGUAUGGAGAUGGUUGGAACAAGGCGAUAACUCGACGAUCUGGAUGAGGGUUUUCAACGGUCUGUCCUGGUGAUCAUUUUACGAACAAGCACAAGCACAAGCACAAAGGCUGACCAAACGAAAUCAGACUCUCCACGUCAGAUCGCCUUCCAAGUCAGCAGAGCCGCCACGUCACCGAAACCGCAAUUCGACUCAUUGCGAUCGAGAAACACCAGCCAGAUGUUGAGGUGCUCGUUUCUCGUCGAGGAGGAACGGCCAUGGUGCUCAGUAGCUCACGAAAUUCUCAAUUUCCAGAGCGAAGUGGAACCAGUGCACGGUGCGUUUCCGGGUAGUGUUGCCGAAAGCGGUCUCGCAGACUCUUUUUGAGGAUGUAGCUGCGUGGUUCUACUGGCAAUCAGGUCCAGCUUUACGUGAGUCAGACUCGCGUUUCUGGCUUUCCUCACUAAAUCGAAUUGGGCCAAUCAGUCAAUAUCUCUGUCCGUAGUUCUGGAUACUGUUCCCGGCAGUACGGGUUUGUCUCAGAUACCGGGGCGAACGCUCUUCCGACAAAUGCCUACGUCAAGCUGAGGAGACGAUCUGCAAGCGACGAGAAGCGGACUUUGGUUCCGAAUCUGAAUGUCGCCGUGGGAGAACUCGAUGGAUUCCUAGAGAGAGAAGCAGUUGAUCGAGGCUUGUGGACCAAAACUGUUGACAGUGCUGCAAGGCGUGAGCGAAGAGGGAGCUGAAUCAAGAGCGGAGCGGGGAGGGCCUGCAAUGCAGCAUCACCUCCAGUGAAAAUGGACGGCAGGAUCUCGAAAAUCGUCCGCUGAACAUUCACGCCAACGCAGGGUCUCCCAGCACAGAGACACAGAGAUGGCGAUGUCGAUCGCCGCGUUGACGAACGGGUUGGCAGGUGGUGGUGGAUGCGCAUGCUGCUGUGAUUCGAGCGUCCCCAGUUGCAUGCUUUCCAAACCUCUGCGGUCGGUGCUGCUGCAAAAGUUUCCAAGCUCUGGCAUUCGUGCCCGGGCUCCUCCUGCUCCUCUGAGCCUCUCCUCCCGCUCCUCCAACGGUCUUCCGAGACGUUGUCGAGGCCCAAGGAGUGCACUGGACGACGCUGACUACGAAGCGAGGGACAACUCACCGAAAAAAGCCGAAGAAGGACCGAAUGCUCGACCGCUUCCAGGGUACAAGAAACCCGAUAAACCCCGAGGCGCGCAGAAUGCUCUAUCCCGAGCUCUCGCUUACAGACAGGCGAAGGAAUCGGCUGAAUCAUCCGGCACCGUCAAGAAGGUUGACAAACCGCCGGCACCAGAACGUCCCAAAGACGUGCCAGAGGUUGAAAUUUUCAGGGGCCAGAAUUUUCAGUCGAGGUUGCAGCCUUCCGAGGCCAGUCCAUCAUCGUCUGACGGUGCAUCGCCAUCCUCCGUCUCGGAUCCGACUCCUUCAGCCGCCUCGGCUGAAGGUGAUGGCGAGACAGCAUCGAAAGCUGGGAGUAAUGAGGCAAGCCCAUCGGAGGGGGAGACCGUUUCACAGGCCAGACUACAGGGUCCGAGUGCACUCACUCUCGACAUUGGGAAGGUCAUAGAAGAGAAGCUGGGCGCAUCAUCGGCGUCGAAGAUUGAUGCUAACACUAAAAAACCGGAGCAGCGAACGGCUGAAACAUCUCCUGAUGAUGGAGGGGCGAAGUCCUCUGCGUCUCUAGAUGCGUUUAUGAAGGCUCAGGCUUAUAAAAAGCAGCAGCAGGAAAUGACUGCCGCUCUGAAAGAGAAAGUAAGCGAGCCAACCGCAACAGUUACCAGCUCGAGCUCGAGCUCGAGUAUCAGUGCCAGUGCAACGGGCUCUGGGUCUGGAGAGAAUUUAGUGGAGGUGGAAAUCGUAACCAGAGACGGGGUGAUUAGGAAGUUGGUAAAUCCGGAGAAAGCGUUCACGAAUGUGAAAGAGUUUCGGAGGACGGGAGUAUCAAGUAUAGAUUUCGCCGGGCUUGGAUUUGCAGACAAGAAGCAGGGUGGCAGGACGGUGGUUCGCGAGGACUAUCAGGCCCCUCCCCCCGGAGCUCUUCCAGAAGUCGAGAUCCUCACCAAAGAUGCCGAGCCUGACGCAGUAGACGGUGAAGAGAGCGACCUGUACAAACCACGAGUAUCUACGUGGGGAGUCUUUCCCCGACCUGCUGACAUCUCCAAAGCUUACGGAGGUGGCAGGACAAUCAGACCCGGAGACACUUUGGAAACGGAAGAAGAGAGGAUAGCUCGCGAGGCUAAAACACAAAAACUGCUGGCUGAUUAUAAGAAGAAGAUGGGGCUGGAUGUAGACCCCCGACUCAAGGCCGAGUGCGAGAUGAUUAUGAAACGAGGUGCCAGCCUUAUGGACAGCGGAGAUUUGAAAGGAGCCCUUGUACUCUUCGAAAGCGUGAUGGAGAAGAUGACGUUCCAGAGCGAACUUCAUGGUUUGGCAGCUCUCCAAGGUGCAAUAUGUCUCGACUCUUUAGCCAGGUUCAAUGAAGCGAGAGAAACUUACGAAAAGCUUAUUUCUCAUCCCAACGGGAAGAUCCGUAAGCAAGCAAAGCAGCUACUCUAUGGAUUUCGGGCCAUGGAGAACUUGAAGGUGUCGACAUCCAACAAAUGGGAUACCAGCGUUUACGCGAAAUAUUUUGAGGCUUUCUCAGAUGGGUACAACAACAAUUAUAAGGCCAGUGAGGACGAAACAUCAAACGAUAAACUCAUGGAACAAACGCUGGCUUACGCUUUGUUGCUCUUUUUUCCCAUUCUCUUGGUGGUCGUUCUAGCUCUAUCCAGAGGAGCUAGCUAGCUCUUGAAUUCCGUUCGCGGACCGAGAUCCGGUAAGAGCAGUGUCAAUUGCUCCCUCGGAUCAUAUUAUUAUCCGUCCAAGAUCUGUUCCGACCAUCGAAAGUGUCCAAGGCCGGAUGGAUGACUCACCAAAGUCUAUGGUGAGUGCAAUGAAGAACUCAAGCGUCUGCUGAAAACGAAGAGUUCGAGUUGUACAGUUCCUCGCUCGCUUGCAAUUCGAGAAACCACGAAAAUCGGCACACGCUUGUUCUAUCUCUCACCGGUACCUGCAAAUGUCCAGGGACAACUGUGUCGGACCCUAGGCCAUUUCCCAACUUGAGCUAUCUUCUUCUCUUGUCAGCACCUAAAUUUGAUGCCUAAUACUGUGGCCACAGCCUAAACUCCUGGUCUCAAGUCUUUAAAGCCAUGUAACCUCGGCGACUGGACAAGUACUGCUCAUAUCAGGAAUUUCUUCUUGGGGUAGCAAAGUGCCUGGGUACUGCCUAUGGUGAUGGAGACGUGUUCUCGAUUCUCAUUUUCAUCUAGGUGAUCUGAGUCUACAUUUCACAUCUGCCCACAUAGAGACUUCUCUUCAGGUCAACAGACAUUUUAUGCUUCUGGGAGUCGGAGUGUAAUUCCUCCUGUGAGAGAACUACCAGAAUCAUAAGAUUCCAACGUUUUCUCCACAAUUUUUAGGCGUGGAUUUGUCCAUGAGAGGGCAGUGGACAUGCAUGAGUAGGAACAAACACGAAAGCUCUGUGUAUCUUUAAGGCGGAAAGAGAUCGAAUAAACCUGCUCCGAGCCACGUUGGGGUUCUCUUCUCGGCCUCGAGAGGAUAAACGGAGUUUGCCACUGCAUAUAGAAUACGUAGGAGUAUCUCUUAAAAAAUGCAGCGCAAGAAAAACAUCGGAGUGUAUUGUUGUCUGGCGGAAGAUAUCUACUAUCGUUGUGUUAUAGCUGUAAUAGUUGUCUAAAACCUCACUGCGACAGACAUGACAGAGGACGAGUCUUCAAGUUCACAGCCUGCCAAGGCGUUGUAUUCGGCAGCCAUAACCCAUAGAGAUUACGAUUCAUCGAAAACACACGGAGUACAGACCCACGGGGUAGAGAGGAUGUGGUUUGACAUAAGAUUCAUGUUGAUUCUUGGUAGUGGAAAGUACAGAUCGAUCCUUUAUAGACGAAUGUAUCUAUUACAUUAACUCCAGAUUGUAUUGAUGAAAGCAG